GUAGGCGAGUCCUUGGAUCGGUGGGCGUGGCUGAAGAAAGAUGGCGGCGCCCGCGGCUCCGGCUGAGCCUCAGGCUUCCGGGGCUCCCCAGCUCCCCGUGUGUGUCCUGGUGUUGGGGAUGGCGGGAUCCGGGAAAACUACCUUUGUACAGAGGCUCACAGGACACCUCCACAACAGACACUCUCCACCUUAUGUAAUCAACCUGGACCCUGCUGUGCAUGAAGUCCCCUUUCCUGCCAAUAUUGAUAUCCGUGACACAGUGAAAUAUAAAGAAGUCAUGAAACAAUAUGGACUCGGGCCCAAUGGUGGCAUAGUUACCUCACUUAAUCUCUUUGCUACCAGAUUUGAUCAGGUGAUGAAGUUUAUCGAGAAGGCUCAGAACACAUUCAAAUAUGUCCUGAUUGACACACCCGGACAGAUUGAAGUAUUCACCUGGUCAGCUUCUGGGACAAUUAUCACCGAGGCCCUAGCAUCCUCAUUUCCAACAGUGGUCAUCUAUGUAAUGGACACAUCACGAAGUACUAACCCAGUGACCUUCAUGUCCAACAUGCUGUAUGCAUGCAGCAUCUUGUACAAAACCAAGCUGCCUUUCAUUGUGGUCAUGAACAAAACUGACAUCAUUGACCACAGCUUUGCAGUGGAGUGGAUGCAGGAUUUUGAGGCUUUCCAAGAUGCCUUGAACCAAGAGACUACCUACGUCAGUAACUUAACUCGCUCCAUGAGCCUGGUGUUAGAUGAGUUCUACAGCUCACUCAGGGUGGUGGGUGUCUCUGCUGUGGUGGGCACCGGCUUCGAUGAACUCUGUGUUCAAAUCAGCAGUGCUGUGGAAGAAUACGAAAGGGAAUAUCGGCCGGAAUAUGAGCGCCUGAAGAAAUCACUGGUGACUGCUCAGAGGGAUCAGCAGAAGGAGCAACUGGAGCGCCUUCGGAAAGAUAUGGGCUCUGUAGCCCUGGACCCAGGGACCAGCAAAGACAGUCUGUCUCCUGCGCUGGACCCUUCUGACUUGAUCCUGACUCGAGGGACCUUGGAUGAAGAGGAUGAAGAAGUUGAGAGUGACACUGAUGACAUUGACCACAGAGUCACAGAGGAAAGCCGCGAAGAGCCGGCCUUUCAGAACUUCCUUCAAGAAUCGAUGGCACAGCACUGGAACAGAAGCAAGUAGCCGUCCGUCCCUCUUGUUGCCAGAGUCUGACGUGCUGGCUCAUGCACAGAAGCCCUUGCUGGGAGGCAGUCGAGCAGUUUCCUUCAGGGUACUAACUCUUUUGGGGGAACCUGGACUGAGAUGAAGUCAUGGUUGAAGGUGGAGCUGGCAGGUGGGUGCCCAUCCUUGGUUAGCUUCUCUCAGUAUUUAUGCAAGGAAGUGUUUUCUCACCGCUCUGGAAGCUGAUGAGUGAAAUUUCAUCUGCAUUAUUUGAACUCAAGUCCUUUGCUGCUGCUGAGGCAGGAGACCUUCUACUGAAGAUGACUAGGCUGGCCUGGACUCAGCUCUUCAGCACUGUGCUCUUGGCUCUGUACCCCAAGUUGCUGUUCUUUAAUCAGAAUGGGUCAGAAUGGGAGGGGGAACGGAUGGAACAGACGGGCGGUACUGUGCCCUAGGCAGCCAUGCUGAUGAGAUGUGCUCGCACGAGGUAACACAUUCUAAAGAAUCCUGUUUGAAUGGUGACUUGGAUAAAGUUUUUAACUUUAA